AUGGCGGAGGGGCCGGCGGUGGAGACAAAGCUCCUCCUGGACCCCGACAGCUUGCUGAGGCUCCCCAGCCCCAGCAGGGCCGGGGGCGUGGACGGGGCCUGGCGGACCCCAGGGGCACCUGCCCGCGGAGGGGCAGCCGAGAGAGGGGUCAAAAGUCCCUGCCUCGGCUCGGGGCGGCCUCCUCGGGGACACCCCGUGGAACCUGCGACCUUCAGCGUGGGAUCUGGCGGGAAGGCCGGGUGGCGGUGGGCACCGCAGGCGGCGGCGCAGGGCCCCUCCGGGCGGUCAGUGCCCCUGCACACGGGCCCGGCCCCCCGGCAGGUAAACCGGGUCUGUUUGCUCCACAGCUCCAACGGCAAGUCGGUGUCGUGGUCCGAGCCCGGCGGGAGGCCGGCGCCCCGGGGCCAGGCCGCGUGGCAACGCCUGUCCGUGCACGUCAGGUCCGGCGAGCCGGCCUGCAACCAGACGGCCGUCAUCAAGCCCCUCACCGAGAGCUUCCAGGGCUCGGGCAAGAGCCUGGCCUUCUCUGACGCCAGCACCAAGACCCUCUACAGUGUCGGGGAGCAGGGCGACGCGGGCCCGCCCCUCUUCGGCCCCGCCGGCAGCCCUGGCCCCGCGCUGCCCGCGCCGCGCCCCCUGCCCGCGGUACCCGCCCCUGCCCCUGCACCCCUCGCCACCCCUGCCCCCCAGGCGCAGGCACCGCCGUCGGGCGCGCUGCAGGGCUCGACGCGCGUCCCUGGCGUCCCUGGCGUCCCUGGCGUCCAUGGCCCCCCGUGCGCUCCCGCCCUCCUGGGCCCCCCGUGCGCCCCUGCCCUCCUGGGGACCCCAUGCGCCCUGGGGCCCCCAUGCGCCCCGCCGCCCCCGCUGCGCCUGCAGCCGCUCCCACUGGCCCUGGGCGCCGUCCGGGAGGAGCCCGGCUCGCCUGCGGCCGCCGAGGACGAGGACGACGACGAGGACGACGAGGAGGAGGAGGAGCACUUCCGGCUGCUGCAGGAGUUCGUGGCGGGGCACGCGCGACGGGAGGAGGCCUCGCCCCCCGCCGCCCGCCGCCCCAGCCCCGACGACGACUCGCCCGCGCUGACGCCGCCGUCGCCGUUCCGGGACUCGGCGGCGUCGGGCAGCUCCGCGCCCAGCUCGCCCGCGUCCGAGUCCGGGCUCUGCCCGCCCCCCGACGCCGCCUACGCCGCGGCCGUGCUGCGCGACUACAAGCAGAGCUCCUCCACCCUGUAGGGGGGCGGA